GGCGCCCCGCCCCUCUCGCCGACCCUCCGCAGGCAGUCCAGCGCCGCCUGCGCCCGGAGCGCUGGCUCCGGCGGCGCCGAGAAAUGGACCAAUUUUGACACGAUGUAGAGCUGCAGCGUGCCUGAUGGGAUGUAUUCAGUCAUGGCAUCUGAACUUUGUAAGACGAUCUCUGUGGCAAGGCUGGAAAAGCACAAGAAUUUGUUCUUAAACUAUAGGAAUCUGCACCAUUUUCCACUGGAGUUACUGAAAGAUGAGGGACUACAGUACUUGGAGAGGCUCUAUAUGAAAAGGAACUCCCUUACGACCUUGCCAGAAAACCUUGCUCAGAAGCUUCCAAACCUUGUGGAACUAUACCUUCACUCAAAUAACAUAGUUGUUGUUCCAGAAGCCAUUGGAUCCCUCGUAAAACUCCAGUAUUUGGAUCUUAGUGACAAUGCCUUAGAAAUUGUUUGCCCAGAAAUUGGUCGUCUGAGAGCUUUACGUCAUCUUCGGUUAGCUAACAACCAACUUCAAUUCCUACCUCCAGAGGUUGGCGAUUUGAAGGAGCUGCAGACACUAGACAUUUCUACCAAUCGUUUGCUAACUUUACCCGAGAGGCUUCACCUGUGCCUUUCUCUGCAGUACCUCACUGUGGACCGAAAUCGUCUGUGGUGUGUGCCGCGCCACCUCUGCCUGCUGCCCAGCCUCAAUGAGCUCUCCAUGGCUGGAAACCGCCUUGCGUUUCUUCCACUCGAUUUAGGUCGAUCUCGAGAACUACAGUACGUGUAUGUGGAUAACAACAUUCACCUGAAAGGCUUGCCAUCCUAUCUGUACAAUAAAGUCGUCGGGUGCAGUGGCUGUGGCGCUCCCAUUCAAGUUUCCGAGGUGAAGCUGCUUUCCUUUUCAUCGGGGCAACUAACCGUUUUCCUGCCUGUUGAGGUGAAGGCCAUAGGGACAGAGAAGGAUCAUGUCCUGCCCCUGCAGGAACUGGCCAUGAGGAGUCUACACCGCACUUGCCACAGUUCCCUUAAAGAUUUGAACUUUCUGUCUCCGAUCUCGUUACCCAGAAGCCUCCUGGACCUGCUGCACUGCCCCCUGGGGCACUGUCACCGGUGUAGUGAGCCCAUGUUUACGAUCGUCUACCCCAAGCUCUUUCCCCUGAGAGAGACGCCGAUGGCAAGGCUGCACCAGGGAAGGACAACAGUCAGUUUUGUGGCUUACUGCUGCUCCGCCCAGUGUCUGCAGACAUUUGACCUACUGAGUUGAUAAACACUCGAGAGCCUCAGGAGCGUUGCCAACUUGACACACAGUUGCCUGCGUUGCACACACUGUUUGUGUGGCAGAGGGAUGGGAUGGUCCAGCCCGGCGGAACGGGCCCUUCCGUCCUGCCCUGUCAAAUGCGGGGGACUGCAAGAACCUUCUGGAAAUGUCCCCAUUGAGCUUCAGAACUGAAAUGCCUUCACCCUUUCCCCCCACCCCCAGGUUGGAAUAGAUCCUCCCCCAAAUUAAGGA